UCUCUGCUCCCCUUCUUCGCCGCUGCUCCUCUUCCUCCUUUCUGCUCCUGUCUGGUCCGUCCGUCCCUGCUUGGCCCCCUCUUCGCAAGGUCUUCGACAAGUAUCCGGCGUCGUGUGCUCCUUCCUGCAUCCCCUGAGCUGUGCCUUUGCGUGGCAGUCUCGUCCACUCCUUAGCACACAAGCGCCUACAUACAGCCAGCUUGGAAGUAUUCACCAGCAACGUCGAGCAUCUCCUGCUCGAUCAACUCGCUGCUAGACCACCUAAUUCGCCCUAAUUGCCGACGUCCUGCCUCGAAGACAUGCCCCGAAGCAUCAAGAAUCCUUUCACCAAC